AUGCUGCUUGCACUCAUCGCGUCUCUCGCAGUCCCGGCCUUCGUUGCGGCGCAAGGCAGCGGCGGCUUCAUGACCAACUGCACUUGGCAGGGCGCCCAGUUCGACACACAGCGAGGUCUCCUCGCGAUGUACUGCAACAACGACGACUGGGCAGCGUAUGACUAUGACUGGGCCACGUUGGACACCAACUUGUGCUUCAUCAACAACGGCGGCAAGCUCAGUGCUGUUGAAGAAGGCGGCUACUUCGACACCUGCGACCUCUGUGAUGUGGACAAGGGCGUGACCAAGACCGAGUUCAUGCUCACAUGCCACUGCUGGAGCUCUGAUGGCGUGUUCAAGGAGUCGUCUGUGGAUCUGAGAACUUUGAAGGCUACAGACUUAAUGAGCAACCACGUAGGACAGCUGGAACCAUGGCACGGCCAGGAAUUCGACCAGACUUGUUCACUGCCAGCGAACGCAAGAUUAUGGAUCUGA